AGGAAGGAAGGAAGGAAGGAAGGAAGGAAGGAAGGAGAAAGAAAAGAAAGAAAGAAAGAAAGAAAGAAAGAAAGAAAGAAAGAAAGAAAGAAAGAAAGAAAGAAAGAAAGAAAGAAAGAAAGAAAGAAAGAAAGAAAGAAAGAAAGAAAGAAAGAAAGAAAGAAAGAAAGAAAGAAAGAAAGAAAGAAAGAAAGAAAGAAAGAAAGAAAGAAAGAAAGAAAGAAAGAAAGAAAGAAAGAAAGAAAAGAAAAGAAAAGAAAAGAAUUUGCCCAUAAAAGCACAUGAACCCUUUGAAGAGAUGUACAGCUAACUUUCAUUUCCCAGUCCUGACUUUUUCCAUCUUUUCCCUGGUGCCCUAUGGUACACAGAGCUGUGUGCUGUUGCUCCAGCCUGGGGGGAGAUGCUUUUGUGCGGUGCUGCGGAUGCCGCUGGUCCCGAGCUCUGGAAUGAAGAGCUGUGUAAUUAGCAGAGCGUUCGCGGCUCUGCCCUGCAGGGGCGGCACACACAGGAGAUCAUGGGAGCUGUUGCUGCUCUUCUGCAGAGCCUGCCUCCACUGUGAGCCCAAGUUUUCCCUGCUGCUUCCAGUAAUUGGGCAUUUCCAAGGAGCAGGUCAAUUUGUCCUUUGUGGGGACUGUAUAUUUUGUUAUGCUGUUGUUAGUGACAGAUUUUUGGGGGAAAAUUCCGGUUUUUUGGAGCUUCUCUUCUGUUUCAGUGCUACUCUUGGUGCAGGAUCCCUGGGUGUAGUUUAGUGAUUGGCUUUAGAGGGCAAGGGAGCAGUAAAUAAUAAUAAAUAAUUUUCUGUUAUUUAUUUUGCAGUCAGUAUUGUUUAAGCAUGCAUUCAAUAAGUUUCUUUCCCAAGGGCUAGGCUUGCUUUUCCCACAGAUUUUCCACUUGAGCCUUGGCAGGAGGUAGGGUGACCAAAGCUACUGUUUCUUCCAGGGAAAACACAGGGGGGUGUGGGAAAUUGUUACCUGAGACAAUGUGCAGAACCUCAUUUUAUGUAACCCUGCAAGAAAAAGGUAGUGGAAAGAAGGAGUGAAUCAGAGGAGAAUAUGUUUCUCCAAUCAAAGGGCAAAAUUAGAGAAAAUUAGGGAAAAAUUGAAGGAAAUUAAAAAUAAAACAGAACACUCGCUCUUGACAGCAGCAAAAGGUAGGAGGGGGCAUGGAGCCCCUCAGUUCUUGGUGAGCAAUUCUGGCCUGUUUAGCAACAAGCUGAACAACUUCACAUUCUUCUGUGUGUGUGUUUGUGUGCUCGGGCUGGCAGGUGGGACCUGCUGGAGGGCAGACCAUGGGCUUUUAAACAUGACACGCUCUUCUCUCAGGGUGUCACAACGUGUAAGGGGAGGGUGUGGUGGCAGCAGCAACCAAACCGUGUGGGGUUUGGCUUCCGUGCCUUAAAGAGCUAAAAAGAAAUAAAAUUUAUAUAGCUAAAUAUAAAUAAAUGUAAGGAUUUGGCUUCUGUGCUUUAAAGAGCUAUAAAUAAUAAAAUUUAUAUAGCUAAAAAAAAAGCCUCGAAAUUCAGCUCUCAGCACUUCUAAACUAAAGGAAAAAAAAAAAAAGUACAGAGCCUAGGAAAAGGCAAUUGGUAUCAGACUCCACCAAAGCCACAGAUCUUUGAAUUUCAAGACAAAAAUAAAAGGCAGUGCAGAAAACAAAGAGGGAGGAGGGAAGUUCAUUGUUUGCUCAAGUGACUCUUGGGGCUUUUUUGGUGCUGUGUAUUUCCUAAGCUGUGGAAGCAUUUGAAGUGGGGAAACAUCUUCAAAGGAAGGGCAGUUUUUCAAACACAUUCAGAUGUAGUUCCUAGCCCAGCUCAUGAGAUGUUUUCAUGUAAACUGGCUUCUUGCACUCUGGACAGCGAAUGCAGCGAGAUCACCCUCUUAAGUUUCCCUGUAGCUGAUUUUAGCCUGGGACUCAGCUGCUUGAAAUCCCUGAGUUUUCUCAGCAUCGGACGGGUUUGCACAGGAGUGCCUCCUCCUGCCCACACCCCUUCCACCCCACCCCGAGUGCUUGCGCUGCCUGCCGGCUCCUCCACGCUCCCUUGGGACAGGAAAAAUGGAGUGUGUGCCCGUGCCGGCUGCACCGUGCCGCCGAUUCCGGGGAACAUCGCUUGCGCGGGGCGGGCAGGCGGCGCUGGGAGCGCGGCGCUGGCUCAGCCUGAGCCGGGGAGCUCAAUAGGGAGCCCGGCGCUGGCUCCGGCUCCGCUGCAUUCCUGCCCGGCCGGGGCUCGGAGGGCGCUCGGGAGGGGAGAGGAGAGGAGAGGAGAGCAGAGCGCGGAGACUCCGCCGCCUUCCUACUUGGCAUCCUGGCAGGACCAUGGUGGAGCUGAGAGCAUUCCCACAAAAUGCAGUGCACAGAGGUCCCAGCAGAGAGGUCUCCUCGCAGACGGAGCAUCUCGGGGACCAGCACCUCUGAGAAAACCAACUCCAUGGACGUGCCGAACACUUCUCCUUUCAGAGUGCCAGGCUUCUUCAGUAAGCGCCUGAAAGGAUCCAUCAAGAGGACAAAGAGCCAGUCCAAGCUGGACAGGAACAUCAGCUUCCGCCUGCCCUCUCCCAACAAUUCGGAGGACAGGCCACGUGAGCUGCCCAAGCUGAAGGAGUCCCGUUCCCAUGAGUCCUUACUGAACCAAGCCAGCGCCAUCGAGACUCUGGACUUUGCAGCAGAAGAGGCAGUCUUUGUCAAACCACUUCACAACAGCAUCCUUGGACGAGACUUCUGCUUUGAGGUAACCUACUCCAAGGGCAAUAAAUGCUUCAGUUGUUCCUCUGCAGCAGAGAGGGACUGGUGGAUGGAAAACAUACGCAGACUAUCGCAGCCGAUGAAGGACAAUUGCCGCCGAGCUGAAAACGUGCUUCGCCUCUGGAUCAUAGAGGCCAAGGACCUGACCCCCAAGAAGAAAUACUUCUGUGAGCUGUGCCUUGAUGACACCCUCUUUGCCCGCACCACCAGCAAAGCAAAAGCAGAUAACAUUUUCUGGGGGGAGCACUUUGAGUUCUACAGUCUCCCACACAUUCAGAGCAUCACAGUUCACAUCUACAAGGACGUGGAGAAGAAAAAGAAAAAGGACAAGAACAAUUACGUAGGCCUGGUCAACAUCCCCACGGCCAGCGUGACCGGCCGCCAGUUUGUGGAGAAAUGGUACCCAGUGAGCACCCCUACAGCCAACAAAGGCAAGUCAGGGGGCCCUUCCAUUCGCAUCAAAUCCCGCUACCAGACCAUCACCAUCCUGCCCAUGGAGCAGUACAAGGAGUUUGGGGAGUACGUCACCAGCAACUACGCCCUGCUGUGCUCCGUGCUGGAGCCUGUCAUCAGCGUCAAGAACAAGGAAGAGGUGGCCUCUGCCUUGGUGCACAUCCUUCAGAGCACGGGGAGAGCCAAGGACUUCUUGACAGAUCUGGUGAUGGCUGAGGUAGAUCGUUGUGCAGAACACGAUGUCUUGAUCUUCAGGGAGAACACACUCGCUACCAAAGCUAUUGAGGAGUACCUCAAGCUGGUAGGACAGAAGUACCUCCAGGAUGCCCUGGGGGAGUUUAUCAAGGCUGUGUACGAGUCUGAUGAAAACUGUGAAGCAGAUCCCAGCAGGUGCUCACAGAGUGAAUUAGCAGAUCAUCAGUGCAACCUGAAAAUGUGUUGUGAGCUGGUCUUCUGCAAGAUUAUCAAUUCCUACUGCGUGUUCCCUCGUGAGCUGAAGGAGGUGUUUGCAUCUUGGAAGCAGCAGUGCCUGAGCAGGGGCAAGCAGGACAUCAGUGAACGGCUGAUCAGUGCCUCUCUGUUCCUCCGCUUCCUGUGCCCUGCCAUCAUGUCCCCCAGCCUCUUCAACCUCAUGCAGGAGUACCCUGACGACCAGACCUCCCGCACGCUCACCCUCAUCGCCAAAGUCAUCCAGAACCUCGCCAACUUCGCCAAGUUUGGUAUUAAGGAAGAGUACAUGGCCUUCAUGAAUGAAUUUCUGGAACACGAGUGGGGAGGAAUGCAGCGUUUUCUGAGGGAGCUCUCUAACCCAGAUACCAUCUCCAACAUGCCUGGAUAUGAUGGCUACAUCGACCUGGGCAAAGAGCUCUCGGUGCUGCAUUCCCUCCUGUGGGAGGUUGUGUCCCAGCUGGAUAAGGGUGAAAAUUCCUUCCUACAGGCAACCGUGGCAAAACUGGGACCUCUCCCUCGUAUCCUUGCGGAUAUCACAAAGUCCAUGACCAGCCCCACACCCACGCAGCAGCAGCUGAAGCGUUUCACGGAGCACAGCUCCAGCCCAAAUGUGGCUGGCAGUCUCUCCUCAGGACUUCAGAAGAUAACUGAGGACCCCACCGAUGGUGACAUAAACAAGAUGAAGUCUCCAACCCAGGAAAAUGUAGAUGGACAUUUUAGGGGCAAGACCUUACUGCUGGUGCAGCAAGUAUCCACGCAGAGCAUGAGUUGCUCAGACAAGGAUGAGAAGGUAAGUGUCUUGCCCAACGGACGUAGCAUCUCCCUGAUGGACCUGCAGGACCCUCACACAGCUCACAGUGACACUGCUUCCACGAUGCACGACGUGCCUUUGCGCCUGGCGGGCAGCCAGCUCUCCGUCACCCAGGUGGCCAACAUCAAACAGCUGUGGGACACCCAGAGCACCCCCCAGAGCGCUCCCCAGGUCCGGAGGCCGCUGCACCCGGCGUGGAACCAGCAGGGCAGCCUCCGGCCUCUGUCGUUCCAGAACCCGGUGUACCAGCUCAACAACCCGAGCCCCCCCACGGCCAAGGCCUCCGUGGACUCCAGCCCGGAGAACCUGAGCACCGCCAGCUCCCGCAGCCGCAGCAACAGCGAGGACUUCAAGCCCAGCGGGCGCAGCAACAGCAGCCUGGAGGACUCGGCCAAGCGCAGCUCGCAGAGCGAGGACUCGGCGCGGCGCCCCGACAAGCACGUGCCCGUGGUGCUGCCGCGGCAGAACAGCAGCAGCCAGGCGCAGAUCCGCAAGAUGGAGCAGGCCGGGCCGGGCACCAGGGCCAAGACGCUGCACACGCUGGCGCACAGCCCCUCCCUGCGCAGCACGGGCAGCGCCUCCGGGGCCUCGGGGGCCGCGGGCGCCGAGCCCCUCCAGAACGGGAACCGCUCCCGCCACCAGUCCUCGUCCUCCCGGGAGAGCCCCGUGCCCAAGGUGCGCGCCAUCCAGCGGCAGCAAACGCAGCAGGUGCAGUCGCCGGUGGACUCGGCCACGCUGUCGCCGGUGGAGAGGACGGCUGCGUGGGUGUUCAACAACGGGCAGUACGAGGACACCAAGAAGGACAUAGCCCAGAACCUGGAUGACAUCAAGCAUGCUGAGAAGUACGAGCAGGAGAUCGCCAAGCUGAAGGAGCGCCUGCGCGUGUCCAGCCGCCGGCUGGAGGAGUACGAGCGGCGGCUCCUGGUGCAGGAGCAGCAGAUGCAGAAGCUCCUCACCGACUACAAGUCUCGACUGGAAGACAGUGAGGACAGGCUGCGCAGGCAGCAGGAGGAGAAGGACAGCCAGAUGAAAAGUAUCAUCAGCAGACUCAUGGCCGUUGAAGAGGAGCUGAAAAAGGAUCACGCUGAGAUGCAAGCAGUCAUUGAUGCAAAGCAGAAAAUCAUUGAUGCACAGGUCAUAAAUGGGGAUGAGAUAAUUCCAACAGGAGAAGCGGAUCGUGUUCCUGGACUCGGCCAACACGCGCCUGAUGAGCGCCCUGACGCAGGUAAAGGAGCGCUACACCAUGCACGUCCGGAAUGGCAACCCUCCCAAGCUUUCCAUCACGGAGAAUGGUGAAUUUAAGAACAGCAGUUUCUAACCCUGCAGGUGCCGCCAACCACCUACGUGUAAGAGCCAGACGGAGCAGAGCCGAGACACCUCACCGUCACUGAUUGUUGCACAUAGUUCUUCUGUACAAGGAAAGUUGUAUUGUUUGAAGAUUGUACUGUUUGAAGAUUGUUCUAAAAUUGUUUUAGAAUUGUAUUUUAAAUUGUUUCAAGAUAGUAUUGUACAUUCAAUAAAAUUGAAAAAGCAACUCUGAAGGGUGGGCUUUAAUUCCCCACUCAGGGCCAGGAGAACCAGGCUCCCCAGAAUAAGUCCUUGUGGAUUGCUGUGUAAAUAGAGGGAGCUCUUGGGUUGUGUACAGAAAAUGCCAAUGUAAUAUACCAAAAGGAAGUGAAUACUGUAGAUUUUUUAAUUAUUGCUAUUUUUUUUAUUAUUAUUAUGUUGUUGUUAUUGUUGUUAUUGUUAUUGUUGUUGUUGUUUUUCUCUUGUUGAAAGCACUGCAGUCCUGGGAGGAGGAAGAGGGGAGCGUGUGUGCGUGUGUGUUGUGGGUGAGAGAGGUGAGCAGCGGGUGACCUGAGACAGCAGCUGGAAAAGGACAUGAGUGGAGUGAAAUGAAUUCCAUAGGAAAACUCGUCAGCUGGGUUUAUUCCCCUCUUCCCCAGCUGGUCUUUAGCUGAAUGCAAACUUGAUAGCAAACGUGUUAGCAAGAGGACUGGCUCUCGCUGUGUCCCGUACCUCCUUUUGACAGGACUCUGUCAUAACACAGUCUUCUGAAGAAGGUACACAGUGGGAGCAGCAAGCUGGGCUCCUGGAAUUUGCACAGUCAGGCUUCCUGUCAGACACAGGGAAUCUGCAGGAUUCUGUGGUAGGAUUCUUUCUUUUUUACCCCAGUUCUAAUGCAGUUUUAUAUUUUCUGUUUGGAGGCUUUACAGACCUGUAAAUACUUUUUUAACGAUUUCUAGCCAAUCCCCACUGUACACCCCCUGCAGCGGCACCCUGAAUUCCCUCUCUGCUCUCCAUCAGGAACAGACAGGUUAAUCCUCUCGGGAAAGGGCUAACCAAAGGGUGCCCAUGCCCAGCACAGGAAAUUCCAUAUGCAAAAGUCCCUUUUUCUAGAGGAUUUCUGUAUUUUAAUGCUUGCUUAUUUUCACUAUUUCAGCCACUUGUUGUUUAGCCAGUGUAGUUCCAGUUGAAAGAUCUUCCAUUUCUGCUGAGAUUUUCCUUUCUCUGGAUACUUUAAAGGAUUUUUUGGUUUGUUUUUUUUUUUUUUCUUUAGUUCUGUACACUGCAGUUUUUUUCAGAAGUUUUGACAAAGCUUUCAUCUCCAAUUCCUUUCCUAUGUGUUUCAUAGAAGCAUGAUUGCAGACUGUGUGAAUGGGAUAUCGCUCCAAAGUGACCUUCUCCUGGGAGAUAGGGACAUUCACAACCUGUAACAGAUGAACUGUAAAUGGCUUGGUAUUGUCAAUUCUCAUUAUUUCGUCAAGUGCCACAAUGUUUAAUCUGAGAGAGGGUUUGUGGGUUUUUUUAAUCCCAGAUUCUGGAGUCAAGUGUGAAAUUUUACUUCCAGCUGUUCCUGUGCAUUUCAAGCCCUCAAACUCACAGUAAAUGAAAUUAUUGCAGCAUUGAUUGAAACUGUUAAUUACAGAAACAUACCGAUAACAGCAAGUGUGAUUACCCAUUCACACAUGCUGUCGAAAUUGGAAAAGUUUACUUCAAUUUGAGACAAAACCUCGAGAGGUGCCUCAGUGUGGGGUUGUCUCAUGAAAAACGCACGAGUGUCUAAGCCAGUUCCCUGCACAUGAAUUAUUGGCAAUACCAAGACCCACACCCUGUCUGUUGCCAACUUUGCCUGGUGUUUGGAAAUGAAUUAAUUUUAAUUUGAAAUUUUUGGAAAUUAAUUAAUUCAUUUUUGGAAAUGAAUUCAUCCCAGCUCAGUGGCUGAUGCAGGAGGUGGCAGAGCAGUGCGUGUGCUCUGGUGUCGAUGCUCGAGCUGCCACCACCACCCACAUGAGUUGUGUGCCUCAGUGCAGAGCCCCCUGUGCUGUGGGAUGUGUGUGCAUCAGUCCUGCCAGCCCUUCUGAGGGCACAGCAGUCUGCAGCGAGCUGGGAUUUGGGAUUCCUGCUCAGCUCUUUGGGAUCAAAGCUGCUCCGGCUGCUCGGCCGGCACUGCCACACCUGGGGUUGUGCUCUGCAUUGGCUCAGCAGUGGUUACUUUUCCAUACUUUCCAAAGCGUCUUCCAGCUCUAAAUCCUUGCUGACCUCUGAUAUUUUUAUUCCUCAAACUGUGCCUUUGAGUUCCUCCUUUCUCCCUCCAGGCAUCGCAGCCGUAGCAACUCCUCCAGCUUGUGUUGAGCUGUCGUGUGAGGGCCUCUUUCACAGAGCCUUUCUGUGGGCUGUUCCUGUGGGAUCUGCGUGUCCUUAGCCAAGUACUGGAAUUGCACAGCUGUAGCAAGGGGGAACAGGCUCCCGUCCCUCUGGGAUGGCCAUGGGAGCCGCUGCCUGGUGGCACCGUGCAGGUGACAUAGGUGUGACCGUGCGUGAGUGGGGCUGCUCUGGCAGAACAAGGCAGAAGCAGAUGUGGUGUUCUAGGAGAGUGAUUCCAGCAUUAUUUUGGGAAACACCUUUCCCUGGAGCUCCCCAGUGCUCUGGUAAUGUCAGAGGUCACUGGCUGGGCUGUGUGGUUUGAUGCUGAGGGCUCUGAGGUGUCCACUUUGCUUUCUGCAAUAGGGGGAGCAUUUCAGCCUGGAUUUUUAGAGGGGAAAUAAUCCCUGCCCCAAUAUUGGUGAGGUCUUUGGCAGUGCAUCAUUCCAAUACUGCACCUUUUCCUGUGUGUUUCUCAAGCUUGCAGAAUGCUUGUAGGAAAAGCAGGGGCUCUGUCAGAGCCUGACCCCUCUCUGUGGUCUCAUAGCUCAUUGCAGGCUGGUGUUUCUGUGCUCUUCCAGUUUCUCCCCUAAGGUUCCAGGUGUGUAGACCCCGGAGGGGUGAAGGUUGCAGAGUCAGUGCUGCAAGACUGGAAUUGAUCUGCUGCAGCACAGAACACUGCUCCUGAGUCCUGCAGGCAGCUGUCUCUCCUAGUUUGUUACCAAGCAGCCUUCCAGAAAAAUUUUCAGCCGCCUGAAGCUGACAAUAUGGGAAAAUGCCAGUUUCUAUUUUGUCCAGACUGAUAAAAUCCAAGUGGCACUAAACCACGUGUGUGUUGAGGAGCAGGAGCCCUGCCUGGGCCUGACCACAUUUGGGUUUAGACUCGUGGCCAGUGGGGCUCUGCAGCAGUGAGGGAGUAAAUGGUGCAACGUGUGAUGGGGAGCGUGGCAGAGGCUGCCCUUGGGUGCACACUCUGAUGGCUGUGUCCAAUGCUGUGCAAGGAGCUGCUGCUCCCACUGCAGGGGAACAGAUGAAGUAGUGCAGGAAAAAUUGGAUAGCCUGGAGGAGGAAUUCUCGUGUUCCUCAGACUGAACAGGAAAGUCACCCCAUCCUGGUGUCUCAGUCCGUGCUGGCCACGUUGGUACCGUUCCAGGAGGGUUCUCUCCAAACCUCAAAGCCACCUGGGCUUAGUGAGUGCUCAGGGAAAGCUUGAGGCCAGCACAGCAGGGCAGGGAGAUGGAGCAGCCCCUUGUGUGUGGCCUCUUGGCAGGCUGUGUGUGGUGUCUGCAGUGUGAGAGGUGAGCAGGGUGAGCAGGGACAGGCUCUGAGAGGACAGAGGGAGCACAGCCUAGGGGCAGCACCCUGUAAAUCCAGGAAUUCAAGCCUUUUUUUUUUUAGGGGGAAUAGAUUUCACAUCUAGGAAUUACCAACUGUUAUUUCCCUGGUGUACCAAAAAUGGGCAGCUUUUUACAAAAGCACAGAUCCAUACAACUACACAUUUUGCUGAAUUCCUCUCCAGUGGCAUAACUCAGGCAGGGAGUCUACUACAGGAGCAUGGAAAGGGAUUUUCUAGUAUUUUCUAGUUAGAGAAUAUGAGGUGUAUCCACUAAUAAAUUCUUUAUUCAUCUAAUAAAUCAUCAAAGAAAUGGGGUUUAUUUUUGUGUUCAUGUAAUUGCUUUGGUUUGGCUGUGAGCUUUUCCCCCAUGAUAUAUUCAUUUCAUAUUUUGGUGCUUGCAUAAACCCACCAGCUUUUAACUCUGAAGUCCAUGAAUUUUACAGCCAUGUCCAUGGAACGUGUCAGCAAUACUUACUUGUGUGGAUGAAUUCUGCUUGUGUUCUACAAAAAUGUCCGUGUUGUUCCUGGAAAACAAUUCCUGUCUGAGUUGAACCAUGACGUGCAUUUCCAUCAGUGGUGGGCAUGGUCAGCCACAAGUAUCCAGCUGAGUCUGCCAGAGGAAAAAGGGUUAAAUUUAGGGUGAUGUUUUCAGGUGUUUCCUUCUCCACAGUAACUUAACUCCCAGGAGAAUGAGCAUGUCCUUACAGAUCAUGCCUGCCAGGAAUCCUACCUGCAAAAAUAGAUUUUCUGUCUCAAGGGCCUUAAUAAGAGUGUUACUACACAGAACUGUUCUACAAUGAUAGCUCUAAAUAAUUUAUUUUUUAUUUCAACAAAGUACACCUUUAAAAAGGAAUAAACUUGUUUUUCAAGCCGUAUUUUUAUGCUUGUAGCACUGGACUGUUUGGUCUCUGAGAUCCAUUUCUGCAUUUCAUUGCCUGGGUUUGUUCUAAAGAAGAUUUAUUUUUGUUCUGUGAAUAAUUUUUGAAGGUUCUUGUAAUAUGUACAGAUAUAGAUACAUUUGAGGACUUUUAUUGAUAUUCCUACAAAGAAUACAAAUAAACUUUAACUUUAAAGAG